AUGUUGCUGAAGCGAACGGAUACCGAUGUCAAUAAAGCGGAUUACUGCCUUCGCACGGCUGCAUCAUAUGCUUGUCAAAUGGGCCAUGAUGCCAUCUUCCAAUUACUUCUAAAGCGGAGUGAUCUUGAAUUGGACAAGGCAGAUGAUGAUGGUCGCACACCCUUGUCUCGGGCAGGGGAGAACGGCCAUGUGAAAGUCGUGCAGCUCCUGCUCGAACACCGACCAGCGUUGAUAAAUGUACAGGAUAAAGAUCGAUCAACGUGCCUGAUGAAGCUUCCGAGAAAGGUCAUCUUGCUGUUGUUCAAUUGCUCUUGA